CACAUGCGCAGCCAUGAAUCCCUUGGGCGCCAAAGACGGCCCAGCGUAUCAAGGAGAUUUGGCUGAGGUGCAAAGAUUGUUGGAACUCAAGAUGGAUCCAAAUGAGACCUGUGAGCCACAUGGGUCCUCAGCCGUUCACCAGGCAGCAAUGAAAGGGCACACCGAAGUCCUGCGUCUUCUGCGAGACUUUGGCGCCGACCUGUCAGCCCCAGAUGGCCGGAUGCUGACAGCUGCACACUUGGCAGCUGAUGCUGGGCACGUGGAGGUGCUUCGCUUGCUGCACAAACUGCAGCUGCCCCUCCUGGCACCAGAUGGUAGUGGAAAAACCGCGCUCCACCGUGCGGCAGCCUCUGGUCAUGUGCCUAUCCUGGAAUUUUUCCAGGCUUUGGACGUGGAUCUCUUGACACCUGCAGAAAAUGGCAAGACGGCAGUGCACUAUGCAGCGCAGGCUGGACAGAAUGAAGUUCUUCGGUACCUACCUCCAAGCUGCAGCAAAAAAAUCUUGCAGCUCACAGAGAGCAUCUUGAGGGGCGAGAAGCCGCGAAGGCCCAUUCUCGCUGAACACGUUGCACGGCGGACAUGGGUUGAUGUGGAGGAAGAAGGACCUUGAAAGGCUGAACGUCUGAAUUGUGUCAUUACCUUGUAAUCCUGAUAUUAGUGGGGGAAGAGAUUAGGUACAUUUGCCUCCAAAUAUCGCAUUCCUUUGUCGAUUCGCAAAUGUGUUUCUGUUUUGGGGUACUUCGAGAUGUUUCAGGCAGUUGUCAGGUCUCCUAAAAUCCCUGGGCACAAAGAUAUGCUGGCUGUGCUGCCUGUGCUGGGCCGUUCCCAGCUCUGUGUGGGUUUCACCUUGGCCCGGCCCUGAAACGUGGGGCUGUCCAAGUCAAAUUCCCGCGACUAAAAAGGUAAUUGUCCCUGAAAAAAAA